UUUCCUUUUUUUUUUUUAAUCAGUCCCUAUUACUCAUGUCCAUAUCCGACGAAGACGCAAAUGCAGAACUAGAAAAACUACAACAAAACAUUACUCUUACACUUCAAUCCAUUGAUCACAACUUUGCACGUUGUAAUCAAAUCGUGUCAGCAUCUAUUCUCCCUGAAAUCGAAAAGUUUGCCGAAGCAAGUAGAGAAAUAUGGAAUAGUAGCAAGCUGUGGCUUCAUUUCAUACAAUCGUCAGAAUAUGGUCUUGAUGACCUUACGGAACAACAACACACGAAUCGACCAGCAUUCACAUCAAAUAAUACGAAACGUUACAAGACUGGCAAUCGAUCAUCACCAUGGGAACGGUUACAACGAGAUUUACAUACCACACUUGGCACCUCCGAUCUGUCUUCCCUAGGCGAUAGUGGUAAAGGCAUGUUACGACCACCAGGACCACCCGUACCAGCGACAACAUCACACACUACACAACAUGAUAUAUCCAUUGCACGGAGUGUUCAUCAAGAAAUAUACAACUCAUCUUCUUCAUUAUCGUCAUCAUCCUCAGAUAUUGGAACCACUUCAAGACCUCUAACAAAUAUGAUCACCAGUACACCACUUGCUCAACUACAAAAGACGCCUCUCGUCACGACACCUGCUAAUGUUCUCACUUCUUUACUUAUGAUGAAUAUGGAUGACGAUCAAGUCAGUGACAGCUCCAACAGCACAAGUAACAGUAUGACUGGUAUCAGCCGGACUAAUAACAAUAACAACAACGGUAAUGAUACUAAUGAGAACGAUGAUAAACCAAUGGGCGACAAAGAAGAUGAUGAUGGAGAUACUGAUAUGGCCUAUGAAUUCUCCCCUGUUGUUGAAUAUACUUAGUUUAGAAAAUCAUUACCUUUUUUUUUUUUUUUUUU